AUGGGCUAUUCCAGUGUCAUCGACCAGCCAAAACCAAAUAAUUGUAAUGGGGAACAUACUGGAAGCCUGAACGAGCAACAAUUGAGUGUCUUGCGAGAGAUUUGGGCAGAUAUCUUGGAUAUCGACGUUGAGGACAUCGAUCAAGAUGCGCACUUUUUUGAACUGGGUGGUGAUUCAUUAGCGGCAGCGGAGAUAGUGAGAGCAGCCGCAUCACAAGGAAUGCAGAUCUCCCGCGGACAGAUCUUUGCAGCGCCCACAUUCUCUGACAUGGCAUCUCUCAUAUCUUUUGGAGAGCCUGGUGCAUGGGAGGAACCUUCGAGCGCCCUAGCCCCGUUCGCCCUCAUUGAUAGUGAUGUAUCCUUGAUUCGGCAGUUGGCCGCAGAGCAGUGCGGUAUUUCUCCGGAGGAAAUUGAAGAUAUGUACCCGACGACCGCAUUGCAGGCUGGCCUCAUGGCUCGGUCCAUUAGUGUACCAGGUGUAUAUAUGUCUGCGUGGCUCUUUCAGAGCGUCCACCCCGUGGACCCAGUAUGGCUCACAGGUAUACUGCAGCGAGUGGUGCAAAAGCUGCAUAUACUGCGAACUGCAAUGGUGACCUCGGAGGAACACAGCUUUAUGCAGGCUGUCCUGUCACUACCGGCUACCAUCGAUACCAUCCGAGUGCGUUCUAUUUCAGAACUUGACAUUGAAAACCGCAAGCCUGCCAUGACGGUGGGUCGCCCUCUCACAAAGUUUUCUGUGGUCGUCAGCGAAGAUUGCGAUCGGCCAUAUGUUUUAUGGUAUGCACACCAUGCGACAUACGAUAUGUCAAGUGUGGCGCUCGUAGAGCGUCAUAUUGCCGAUCUUGCAACUGGGGAGGAAUUACUCCCGGCACCCCCGAGCUUUGCAUUAUUUGUCGCCCAUAGCAUAGACAUCCGAAAGAGUCCCGAAUGCAAGCCUUUCUGGACUGAGCAGCUGGAUAACUGUCCUGCAUCUUUAUUCCCAUUUGGUGCAAGAGAUGCACCAGCAGUAUUUCGCACAGAUUCUCAGUAUGAGAUCUCCUUCCCAUACGUUGGCACAAACUCUGGCUUCACGAUGGCCAAUCGAAUCCGUGCCGCCUGGGCAUUCCUAUUGGGGUGCUAUGAGCAGUCAGAGGACGUUGUGUUUGGCGUCACCAACGGGGGCCGGUAUGCAGCUGUUCCACAAUGUGCCGAUAUUGUCGGGCCUGCAAUCGCAACUUCGCCCAUGCGGGUGCGUCUGAAUCGCGAGUCGACUGUCGCCGAGUUUCUACAGAAGAUCAGUAUGCAGGCGGUCAACAUCAAUGCCUUUGAGCAAACAGGUCUGGCAAACAUCCAGCAACUGGGCCAGGACGGUGUUCGGGCCUGCAGUUUCCGAACCUUGGUCAACGUUCAAGUCACCGAUGCUGGGCGCGGCAGCAAUUUAUUGACGCCCGUGGAGCCAGAUAAGGUCGAACCUCUCGACUAUGCCCUGGUACUGGAGCCUUUUGUCCUGGGGGGAGGUUCGAAGCUUCGACUCCGUUUGUCGUAUGACAGUCUGAUCAUCCGACAUGAAAAGGUAAUUCAGGUCGCCGCGCAACUGAAAAAGGUACUCCGCCUGUUCACAAUCCACGCAGACAAGAAAAUAAGCGCGAUAGAACAUCUACCCAUUGAUCCCCGCUCAUCGGUGGCUAGUGAGCCUUCAGCACCACCUAGAAAAGUUCCGAAGCCUUUCCAGCUCAUUUCCUCACCUGCGCAUGAAAUUCGAAAGCAUGCCGCCGUGGAGUGCGGCGUAUCUGAGGAUAUUGUACAAGAUGUUUACCCAUGCACACCAGCGCAGAACAGGAUGAUGAUGGCCUCUUUGCGGCAUCCCACAGCGUACAAAUCACACGUCGUCUUCACUCCCCCGGAAGACCAGAACGACACGGAUAUUCUCCAUGCAUGGAAUGCCCUUUACCGUCAGAUGCCUGUAUUGAGAACUCGAUUCUUCCAUAGCCCCAUGGGGGUAACCUCAUCGAAGAACGAUCGUGAACUGCGCAUGUUGCAGGCAGUUAUGGACGAACCCAUCCAAUGGAGUGAAUGGGAGGAUGUACAAGAAUGUUUGUCGGCAGAUCAUGGAUUUAACUUCAGCAGCGGCCAGCCUCUUUCACGCUUUGCUCUUAUUCGAAACCAGCCUGGAGGUGGAAUACGGCAACUCGUCCUCACUACCCACCACUCCAUCUUCGAACCAUCAAUCACACAACCUAUGCUAAGUUUUCUGCAAGAGACAACAGAUGAAAACACUCAUGAUUUGGAAACGAUUCCAUUCGCACUUUGGGCUGAGGCCACAUUGCAGUCCCUGAAAGAGCCAUCCAAAAUCUUUUGGGCUCAAGCGUUGAGGAACUGUCAGGCGCCUUCAUUCCCUAAAGUUCCAGCUACCCAUGCCCCACUCACGACAGAUACGAUGCACACAACCAUUGCUUUAUCUGCAAUUGAGUCUGGAAUUGAAAGUCCUGCCCCGAGCAACACGCUGCUGCAGCUGGCUUGGGCUCUUACCCUCAGCCAAUACUAUGAUUCCAAUGACGUAGUAUAUGGUAUCGCGGUACAGAGUGCGCAUGGCGAUAGACGGAAGGUGAUGGGGCCGACUUUCUCGGUUGUUCCUCAGCGCAUCGUAUUUGAACAUCCCGAUAUGCGAAUGAAUGACUUAACCCGGAUAUUUGAAGAAAGGACGGAAGAACUUAUCGAUCAUGCGCAGUAUGACAUCUCCAUGAUUCGUGAGAUUGAUGACUCAUGUGCUACUGCAUGUGAAUUCCAGAAUCUUCUGGUUUUGAAGACCACCCCAGAUGACAAUGGCACCAGUCCGCUCUACGGAACAUUUAGAAAAGCUGCUGUGUCGACUGUUGCAGGAAAAGUCGUUGCGGGCGCUUCUACUCACAUUCAUAACUUUGCUCUAGCAGUCGAGGUGGCCCCGCUGGGCAACGGGGUGAGUGUUCGCAUGAGCUACGAUCCCUUUGUCUUGAAAGCAGUCCAAGUGCGGCGUCUUAUGUCCCACUAUGAAAGCAUUAUACGUCAAAUUUCCACAUUCGACCAUUCUCGCACUAUCAGUGGCAUCCACCAUGUGCCCGACGACCAUUUGGCGGAGAUUUUAUCCUGGAAUGCCGUCCCUGCACCUCGAGUAUCCUGCGUCCACGAACUCUUUGAAGCGCAGGUGCAAUCUCAACCAUUAUCCCCAGCUGUCUGCGCCCGUGAUGGUGAAUGGACAUUUUCGCAACUUGACAAUGCUGCCGAGAGGCUCGCUAGAUUCCUUCGUUCUAUGGGUGUGGGACCAGGAUCUUAUGUUCCUCUUCUAUUUGAAAAGUGCGGACUUGCUAUCAUUGCGAUGCUUGCCAUCCUCAAGGCUGGUGGCUCGAGCGUUGCACUAGAUCCAGCUCACCCCAAAGACCGAUUGCAAGGUCUCAUCAAUGGCAUGGGAAAGUGCACUAUUCUCUGUAGCCGAGAAAACCACAUCCUGGCUGCCCAGGUUGCCCAACGUGCCAUUGUGCUUGAUGAACAGACUUUAUCAAACCUAUCAAAGCAGCCACUUCAGCGGCGUCUGAGUGAUGAAGAACCUGUCUCGGCGCAAAGUACGGCAUUCGUUCUGUUCACUUCCGGAUCUACAGGUAUGCCGAAGGGUAUCCUAAUCCCGCACCAAGCAUUCUCAAGCAGCAUCCGAGGCCACUCGGAAGUUCUUCGCUUUUCCACGGGGCCAGGGUCUCGCAAUUUCCAGUUCACCGCCUAUACGUCAGAUGUCAGUAUUGGAGAGAUAUUUACCUCUCUUGCAGUCGGAUCCUGUGUCUGCGUACCCUCCGAUUGGGACCGCAAGAACAACAUUGCUGGUGCAAUCAGGGAUCUUAAUGUGAACUGGGCCUUUUUCACACCCAGUGUGGCAACCUUGCUAGUCCCCAGUGAGGUACCAGGUCUCCGCACCAUGGUAUUCGGGGGUGAAACGGCAUCACCAGAGAACUUCCAGACCUGGGCCCCAGCACUACAUUUGAUCAAUAGUUUUGGUCCCGCUGAGUGUUCUAUCUGGACGCACUGCAUUCCGCGCAAAGUCACCCUUGAUGACUUUGGUAGCAACAUUGGCUUCGGAGUCGGUUGUGCAACUUGGAUAACUGAUCCUACCGAUCAUCAUCGAUUGCUUCCCAUCGGAGCUGUCGGCGAGAUGCUUGUUGAAGGGCCGAAUGUUGCAGCAGGCUAUCUAAACGACCCCGUCAAGACAAAUGCUACUUUUGUUCAUGAUCCGGCAUGGAUGCCACCAGACCGGGGAUCGAUGAGACUUUAUCGAUCCGGGGACCUAGCACGCUACCUUCCAAAUGGAAUGGUACAGUUCCUUGGUCGCCGUGAUCACCAAGUCAAACUCAGAGGAUUACGUAUUGAAUUGGGUGAGAUUGAGCACCAGAUUCGCGAACACUUCUCCGACGGCAAUAUGCUAGUGGCGGUAGAUAUUGUCAAUCCUCGGCCAGUAGGUUCCCCGCCUAUCCUGGCCGCUUUCAUUGCUCCCAAAGAGCCUGAACUACCUGAGGACCAGGAAGGGGUGUUGAAUCUGUUGGCAGACAAGUCUGACCAAAUUUGCCAAACUCUGCAUGGCCUAGAGAGUGCGCUAGUUCAAAUCUUACCCCGUCAUAUGGUGCCCGCUGCAUUUGUUCCACUUCGCCAGAUGCCUUUGACGGCCUCAGCAAAGACAGACCGUCGUGUGCUAAAGAACAUCGCAUCGUCUGUCUCAGCAGAGGAGUUGAGUCGGCUGAUGGUGGACGUGCAAUCACGAGAGGUUCCUAGCACAGUCAUGGAAACAAUUCUCGCUAGACUAUGGUCGAGCGCCCUCGGCUGGCACGUCGACGUCGAUCGACAGAACAGCUUUUUCCGUGUCGGCGGAGACUCGCUGUCUGCAAUGAGGUUGGUCUCGUUUGCCAGAAAGGAGAAUGUGCGCAUCAGCGUCGAGCAGGUAUUCCAAAAUCCGAUCCUGCAAGACAUGGCCCAAUGUGCUAUUCUGGACGAGAGCUCAGCCGUGGACGAAUUGAAUGUACUCCCGGACAUCGCACCUUUCUCCGCACUUGGAGAUGGGGAUAAGGUUGCUGGUGCAGUUCGAUCUGCUUCCGUGCAACUAGGAGUUGAAGCAGAUCAAAUCGAAGAUAUCUAUCCCUGCACGCCACUCCAAGAGGGCUUACUCGCUUUAUCUCAGGACUCACGAGGAAGCUACGUUGCACAAAUGGUGUUCGAGCUGCCCGCUGACAUUGAUCGUCCUCGCUUCGAGUCUGCUUGGGUAUCCUUGCUGGAGGAAUGGCCCAUAUUGCGGUCGCGCUUUUUCCAAUGGCACCAAAGCAAUGGUACUUCGCAAUUGAUGCAGGUGGUCGUGAAGGGACGGACACGAUGGCUUCGUGCUCGCCGUCUCUCUGAAUACCUAAAGCUCGACCGCCGAGAUCAUAUGCAGCUUGGAGAUCGUAUGUUGAGGCUUGCUGCCUUCACAGACACAUCUGAUAAGAAGCAAUACUUCGUUAUGACUGCCCACCAUGCCAUCUACGAUGGCUGGAUGCUAGCUCUUCUCUUUACUGCCCUCCGUCGCUCCUAUUUGGGCCUUCCUGCGUUGGAGACAACCCCAUAUCGCGUGUUUGUGAACGUCAACUUGGCAGACCGCAACAACGAGGAGAGCCAACGUUUCUGGCAACGGUAUGUCUGGGAUGCUGACCGGCCAUCAUGGCCAGAACUUCCUUCUCCUGACUUCAGGCCCAAGCCCACCUCCGUCAGGAAGCUGGCAACACACUUCUCUCCUGGUAACCAGAGGAAUUUCACCCCUAACACCAUAAUGCGAACUGCAUUUGCAAUUCUCCUCGGAGCUUACUCCCAUUCGGAGAAUGUUGUUUUCCCAUCCACGGUGUACGGGCGUACUUCUGGUCGGUCUUCAGCAGCAACAGUUGCAGGCCCCACGAUGGCUACAGUUCCUGUUCUAGUUCGCCUGGAACGUCAGUCAACAAUCCACAAAAUUAUGGAUACUGUCCAGGCGGAAGGAGCUGAGAUGUUAACCCAUGAGCAAGAGGGUCUCCAGAAUAUAAAGCAGUACAACCGUGGUGCUUUGGCGACUAUCGACACUCAAAGCCUCUUAGUCGUCCAAGUAGACCAGCCUUCCGAGGAUUGGAAGAAUCACGACUUUGCUCUGCGCUCCGUUGAUGUGUCAGGACUGGCCAAUGGUUUUCUCAGCAGCGCCCUGGUGCUUGAGGCUACCAUUUCUGGGAAUGAGCUUCAUCUUCACAUGACUCAUGAUGACCGUGUUGUUGCUCCACUCCAAGCCGAAAGUUUCGGGCCCGCAGAGACUUCCAUAUGGUGCCACGCGCAUCCUCAUUUCACGGUGACUGACGAUGGCUCGGAUGUCGGAUGGUCAAUUGGGUGUGCUACAUGGAUCGUGGACCCGGAGGACGCUAGCCGGCUGAUGCCCGUUGGCACAAUCGGCGAGCUUGUUGUGGAGGGUCCCAAUGUGGCAGCCGGGUAUUACAAAAACCAGGAAAAGACAGAGGCCGCAUUCCCGGCGAGUUUGCCUUGUUUACCAUCGGGUCAGCGCCAGCGCAUCUACAAACUCGGUGACUUAGCUCGACUCUUGCCUGACGGUCGUUUGCAAUUCCUGGGCCGUAAGGAUGGACAAGUGAAAGUGCAUGGCCAGCGUGUGGAAGUGGGUGAUGUGGAAAAUAUGAUUCGUCUAGCCCUUAGUGACAACCACCUCGAAGUCGCCGUGGAAAUGGUCAAGAUUCCCGAUGAGCUUACUGGCUCACGCCUCAUCGCGUUUAUUAGCUGCACCCCGGCGGAUCAACCACAGGAUCGGAACAAUCCUGCAGUUUUGACAAAUGACGAAGGACUUCUGGCUUUCCAGAAACGAACCAGUUCUCUCCGGGAGGAACUCGCUGCGCGCCUGUCCAAGCACAUGAUCCCUAGCUUCUUUGUACCUUUGACUAGCAUGCCAUUAAGCGCAUCAGCCAAGAUGGAUCGAAAGCUCUUGGGCUCCAUUGCCAGAAACCUGGAAAUUUCCGAGUUGGCACGCUUCUCCCUCUCAUCGCAUAGAGACAUAUUGCCACCGGAGACCCGAGUACAGAAGCUUCUUCAUUCUCUGUGGAGUUCUGUGCUGAUGCUCAAUUCAGAUGACUUCGGUAUUGAGGCAGACUUCUUUGAAUGCGGUGGCGAUUCAAUCGGGGCUAUGAAACUGGCCUCCCUUGCACAUGCUGCCGGUACUCUGCUAUCUGUACAAGAUGUGUACGACAAUCCCCGUCUGGGCAAACUCGCGAGUACCAUAGAAGGCAGGGCCCCCACAGAUCUUGUAAAAUCUGUUUCCGAGAUCGAAGCAUUCUCCCUGCUCCCAACGGAUCAUUUCGAUGAGCUAGAUACGCUCAUUUCCCGAGUUGCCUCAGUGUGUGGGGUCCGGCCUGAGCAGGUUGUUGACAUCUACCCAUGCACACCCAUUCAGCGUUCAAUGAUAAAGAGGACCGCCACUCAUCCUGAGGCAUACUGGAUGCACAACACUUUCGAGCUCACUUCGGAGGUUGACGAGCUCCUCCUCAAACAGGCAUGGCAGGGUGUCGUCGCCUCUCACAGUAUCUUGCGCACACGUAUUCUCCCGCACAACGGCCAGUAUGUGCAAGCGGUUCUGGAUGAGUUACACGAAGUCCAGCCCGUCUCUGGGGUGUCUCUAGAUGAAUUUUUCAUCGCUUCUCGCGAUCGCCAAUUUACUGAUGGGCAGCCGCUCCUCCACGCUUCAAUGGUAUCCGACGACUCGCGGCGGUACUUUGUCCUGAAGUUCCAUCAUGCCGUAUACGAUGCUUGGUCGUUAACAAAAAUCUGCGAAUCGUUGCAACGACAAUAUCUCCGCCUAGCAGAUCAGGUUAACAUUCCGAGCAUGUCAGAAACCCCCAUUAUCGGAUUCAACUACUUUGUCAAAGCCGUCCAACAACAGAAUCAGGCCCAUGCGCUUGAUUUCUGGAGCAAAUACCUUCUCGGGACGAAGACUUCAUCCUUGGCUCCAUCAUAUGAGGGCUACAAUGCUGACAGUACCAUCCGCCAUCGCAUCGCACUCCCAGACCCAAUGGUGACAGGUAGCUCGACCACACCUGCAGUCAUGGUCUAUGCCGCGCUCGGGCUGGCACUUCAUAAGCAGCUUCAAGUGCCAGAUACCAUCCUCGGCCUGAUCUCUAUCGGUCGUUCCCUUCCACUUACUGAGGAGCUGGUCGGUCCCACAGUCACAAGGGUUCCACUGCGUAUCAAUCACAAAAAACAGAGCAACCUCCACGACUAUCUUUUACAUGUCCAAUCUCAGGCCCGACAACCUACAGCCUUCGAGCACGUGGACUUUGAACAGGUUGUGCGUUUGCAUUCUGAUGCGCAUGAUGCUUGUCACGCCGCACCUCAGGUCGUUGUUCACCCAUAUGAUCCAUACACAGAGCAGCCUACGGCUAAGAUGGGACUCCUCAGGCAGGAGCUCUCGGUGGUGAAUAACGACGGUAUUGCACUGUCUAUUGAUAUAUCAUUGGUACUUCGAGAGAGGGCACUAGAGGCGUUGGAUGUGCGUCUCAUGUUUGCCAGCAGCAUUGUUGGAGAGGAAAAGCUGCGGCUCCUUGUUGGAGAUUUGAACGCAAUCAUGUUGAAGAUUCACGCUUUGCAGGGCGACUUGCACUCGGCUACGGUGGAAGAAGUCUUGCGGGGAGUACCAGGAACUGCAGUUGAGCUGGCCGUAGAAAGGAUUCAGUGA